AUGAAAAUUUCACAUUACAGAGAUGCGGUAUUAUGCAAUGAAUUAAGCAAAGCGAAAUAUUCAACGGCUUCCCCAUUCGAUAAUUAUCUACGAAAAAGAUUAGUGAAAAGUGGCCAAGCAUUUGCUGAAAGCUCAAAAAAGUUAUCAUGUGGUUCACUAAAGGUGUCACACGAUCCUUCAACGGUGAAAAAAUUGCUUGUGCAAAACUGUUCGGGGCAAGCGAAUGAGUGCACUACAUUUGGGAUCGAACCGCAAGUUGACAGUUUUAUUCUGAGUCCAAAUAAUUGUUCGAUUUAUUUCAAACGUGGUAUACGGAUUUACUUCUCGAAAAUUGAAGAUUUUAUUCAAAACGGACAAUUGCAAUUGCUAUUUAAAAGCUAUGCAGCACAACGAGCAGCACAUUUUCACUUCACUUAUGCCAGCGAAUCAUUGAAUUUACUGUACAGUGAACAGUACGAGAAGUUACCAUGUAAUGAAAUCUUCGGCUGCCUGUUGAUCCUUGAUUCUGUUGCGGAAUGGUUGUUACUCAAUUCGCAUUCGUUGACUGCGCAGUUGCACGGUAUCAGUCCAAUUCCUCAUCGGUUGGCGGUAACUUUAGGUAGUGUAAAAGUCAGUCGUAGAUAUAGGAUGAAAAAGCUCAUGAAAGCGGAGGAAAUGUGA